AUGACUCCCACUCCUCCUUCUGGCGCCUCGUCAAACACCGGCUCCGGCGCGUCUCCUGACAACUUCCGAGUUGUGCGCAAGCGAAAUCGCAUUCCUCUAUCAUGUGCUCCAUGCAGACACCGCAAGCUGAAGUGCAAUCGACAAUCACCAUGUGACAACUGCACUAAGCGAGGCGACGGUGGCUCGUGUACCUACGCUGCCCCUACAACGAAGAAGAAGUCUAGUAACAACCAGGGCAACACCAACCAGAACCCAGAUGACAUGCAGAACAGAAUAGACCGCCUCGAAGGGUUGGUCCUUUCACUCAUGACCAAUGGCUCGUCUGCACCAGGCCCAUCUGCUGCCAACGAAGCCCUGUCAGCCGGUGACAGUAUGGGCAGUGGGUCACUGGGACCAAAUCUUGACAACGAACUUGACGACAGCCAGGCUAUGGACGAUAUCCCGGACGAUGUCAGCGAGACAGACGACGUUACCAAGAGUUUUGGUAUCUUGAAGGUGGAUCAGGAGAACAAGAAAACAUUCUAUGUCGGCGAGGCCCAUUGGGCAGCCCUGUUGAACGAAAUUGGAGAAGUCAAGAACUAUUUCGUGGCUCAUAGGAAGGAGUAUGAAGCACAGAUGGAAAAGGUCGCGCAAAGCCGGCGUGACCUGGGUACUGAUGUUGGUGCUGGGCCAGCUCUGCUCUUUGGUGCUACUGUACCCCCGAGUCGAUCAGAAAUUCUGGCUCAAAUACCGUCAAGAUACAUGUCUGACAUUCUGAUUGGCCGAUAUUUCAACACCUUCGACCCGGCGACACAUAUAUUACAUGGACCAACAUUCCAACGGCAGUACAACGCACACUGGCAGGAUUCAAACAAGACGUCCAUCGUGUGGGUGGGUAUGUUGUUUGCCAUGAUGCGACUGGCCAUGCUCUCUUACGGCAGAGAAGGUGACGAGCCUCCUGAGUUCCGCGGCAAAUGUCAAGAUUUGGCUGCCAACUACCGCACACAAAUGGCACACUGCUUGAUCACAGCUGACUACACCAAGCCUCACAAUCACAUUAUCGAAACGCUCAUCUUUCAUUUACACGCGGAAUAUACGUCGAAUCGUGACGCAGAAGCAAGCGUGUGGGUGCUUGUUGGCAUGAUUGCUCGUCUAGCGAUGCGGAUGGGCUACCACCGAGAUCCAAAAUUCUUCCCCAACCUCAGCGCUUUCCAGGGCGAGAUGCGAAGAAGAAUAUGGACCUUUGUGAGGAGUGCGGACCUCCUCUUCUCAUUCCAGGUGGCACUGCCAUCGAUGAUCCGAAUUGGUGACUCGGAUACCGAGCUUCCCAAUAAUUUGUUCGACGACGAGUUUGACGAGGAUACAAAGAGCCUACCUCCUUCGAGACCGGCUAACGAGGCUACUCCUAUCUCCUACAUGAUCGCUAAGGGCAAAUUAUCCUUUGGAUUUGGAAGGGUGCUCGAGGAGAUCAAUGGAAUUACCCGAAAAGGCUACGACGAUAUCUUGAAAAUUGACAAAGGUCUGCGAGACAUAUAUGACGGCAUUCCCGACUACCUCAAGCUCAAGCCUAUGCGCGAGAUGAGUCUGGCUCCUAUAAGCCUCAUCAUGGCUCGCUUCAGCCUUGCAACUGUCUAUCACAAAUCGCAAUGCGUGCUGCACCGAAGAUACCUGAGGCAGGCUCGUGGCAACAAUCGAUAUGUGUACUCGCGCAAAACGUGUAUUGAAUCGGCAAUGCAGCUACUCAGCUUUCAGCUUACACAGCAUCAAGCUAGCCAGGAGCGUGGCCGGCUUCGAAGCGUGCGGAGCCAUGUCAACUCGCUGACAACGCAUGAUUUCCUUUUGGCUGCGACUAUAGUUUGUAUGGAUCUCUAUCAGCAGCGAGAUAGGGCUGUCGCAGGUGAAAGCGGCAACGAUGUUAGCACCCCAAGCACAUCGGUCAGUGGCGGUAGUGUCAGUCAGGGAAGCAAUAUGUCUAACGAUGGCGUCUACAUUCCCGGGUUGCAGUACACUCGAGAAGAUCUGAUCAAAGCACUUGAGGAGAGCAGACGUGUUUGGACAGCCAAUCGCGAUUUCAGCAUGGAAGCGUACAAAGCGAGCGAGCUUUUGAACGUUCUCUUGACUCACUUGAAGCUACCAUACCCUUCCGGAUCAGCGCAGAAUCAGAACACCACCCAGUCGACCCCGCAGAGCAAUGACGAACAGACUGCGGCGAUGACUCUCAACAUGCUGCAAAGCGGCCAACAAAGCGGUUCCAUGCCUCCACCACAGCAGGGACAAUGGCCUGGCGAUCCCAAGAACAUGCCCAACAUGUUCUCGUCCAACCCCGAUACUCCAGGCUUUGGCAACUUUGGCGGCAUGACGAACGCCAACUCACCAUUUCCUGGUAAUCUGUUCGAUGGAGCGUGGGCUGGUGGAGGAAACGCUAUGAACGUUGACUGGGAUGCGUGGGACAGUAGCUUCCAAAACAUGAGCAAUGCUGCUCUUGAUCCGGCGGCCAACAUCUUUGGCGGUGCUGGCAGCCCCAGCAACAUGUUUACCAGCCAGUCAUCGCCUGAUUCUGCCAACGAUGCGAGCUUCGGCAUGAAUAACUUCUAUGGGCAGAACAUCGGGCAGAUGAUGGGCGUAGGAGGACCCAUGACAUUGGAUAUGGGCAUUAAUCCGAAUGACGGACCAAUGUUGAGCGCAACUAGCACGAGCAGUGGUGACGGCGGACAGGGUGCGGGUGAGGUUUUCAUGGGCGUCCAGAGUCCCCAACCAGGAGGCUUUCCCACUUGGAAGUGGACGAUUGGAAGCGAGGGACAGAAUCAAAACCAGGGUCAGGGCCAAGGACAUUCGCAAGAGCAGAAAUGA